AUGUCUCAUCCGGUUGUCUUUUCGUCAUUUUUUUUUUUGUUUGUUUCCUCAUCUAUCCUUGACAUCUCCAUUCUUUUUUCUUUUCUUCCGCCUCUUUUUCGAUUCGUUUUUUUUUUUUUUUGGGGGGUUCAUAGCUUUUUGUUCGUCCUUUCGUUUUCUUUCCUUUGCUUCAUCUCCUUUAUUUUUACCCUUUUUCAUCUCUUCUUUCUAUUCCAUUUUUUUCUUUCUAUUGCAUUUUUUUCUUUCUGUUUUUCUUUCCUCUUUACAUUUGCUGUCUCUUCCAUCUGUUUUUCCUUCUUUUUUUACCUCCUCCUUCUUCAUAUACCUCUUUACAAUUACCGUUUCUUCCUUCCUUUUGUUUUUUCUUCCUUUUCUCUUUCAUCUUCUUUAUAUCGCUCUUUAUAUUCACUGCCUCUUCAUUCCAUCUGUUUUUCUUCUUACUUUUUCCUUGCCAUCGUUAUAUUUCUCUUUUCACAUAGCGUCGGUUCUUUCUUUCUGUUUUUCUUUACUUUUUCUAUCCUCCAGCUUCAUCUUCUCUUUACACUUACUGUCUCUCCCUUACUCUUGUUUUCCGUUUCCUUUUUCUCUUCUUUGAAUGCCUCUUUACAUUUACUCCCUCCCUUCCUUCCUUCCUUCCUUCCUUCCUUCCUUCCUUCCUUCCUUCCUUCCUUCCUUUUUCUCACCCUCUUUAUAUUCCUCUUUGUACAUAGCUUCUCCUUCUUUCUGUUUUCUUUCCUGUGUCUUCAUAUUUCUCUUUACGCUUACAUUCUCUUCCUUCCUUCCUUCCUUUCUUUCUUUCUUUCUUUCUUUCUUUCUUUCUUUCUUUCUUUCUUUCUUUCUUCCUUCCUUCCUUCCUUCCUUUCUUUCUUUCUUUCUUUCUUUCUUUCCUUCCUUUUUCCCGCCUUCUUUAUAUUCCUUUUAUACAUAGCAUCUCCUUCUUUCUGUUUUCCUUCCUUUACCCACUCUCUAUUUCUUUUACUUUCUUUCUUUUUCUAUUCUUUACUCAUCUUUCUUUAUGUCGAUAUUACUUUUGCGAUUAUUCACUUUCACUCUGUGUAUUUCAAUCAUUUCCCGCUUAUUUUUUUCUUACCUUUUUUUUUCUGCUUUAUUCUUUUACAUUUUUUACUUCUUUUUCUCAUGUUUUGUUCUUUCUGCUACCUUCAUUAA